UCAAUCGAUUCAAAGUAUUUCUUCUCUUCGAGAUCUUCCAAAUUCUCUCAAUUCGAUCAAUUUCUUGCGAAAGAUUUGAAGAUGCAGAUCUUCGUGAAAACCCUCACCGGCAAGACCAUCACCCUUGAGGUCGAGAGUUCUGAUACUAUCGACAACGUCAAGGCCAAGAUUCAGGAUAAGGAAGGGAUCCCUCCGGAUCAGCAGCGUUUGAUCUUCGCUGGGAAGCAGUUGGAAGAUGGUCGGACCCUCGCCGAUUACAAUAUCCAGAAAGAAUCCACCCUUCAUCUUGUGCUCAGGCUCCGUGGAGGGAUGCAGAUCUUCGUCAAAACCCUUACCGGUAAGACCAUCACCCUUGAGGUCGAGAGCUCUGAUACCAUCGACAACGUAAAGGCCAAGAUUCAGGACAAGGAAGGAAUUCCUCCGGAUCAGCAGCGUUUGAUCUUCGCUGGCAAGCAGCUGGAGGAUGGUCGGACCCUCGCCGAUUACAACAUCCAAAAGGAGUCCACCCUUCAUCUCGUCCUCAGGCUCCGUGGAGGGAUGCAGAUCUUUGUCAAGACCUUAACAGGAAAAACAAUCACUUUGGAGGUUGAGAGCUCGGAUACCAUCGAUAACGUGAAAGCAAAGAUCCAGGACAAGGAAGGGAUUCCUCCGGACCAGCAGAGGUUGAUUUUUGCCGGAAAGCAGCUAGAGGAUGGCAGGACCCUGGCAGAUUACAACAUUCAGAAGGAGUCGACCCUUCACCUUGUGCUGAGGCUUCGUGGAGGGAUGCAAAUAUUUGUCAAGACUCUGACUGGGAAAACGAUUACUCUCGAAGUGGAGAGUUCUGAUACAAUUGACAAUGUUAAGGCAAAAAUUCAGGACAAGGAAGGAAUUCCUCCGGAUCAGCAGCGUUUGAUCUUCGCCGGCAAGCAGCUGGAGGACGGCCGGACCCUCGCCGAUUACAACAUUCAAAAGGAGUCAACUCUUCACCUUGUGCUGAGGCUUCGUGGAGGGAUGCAAAUAUUUGUAAAGACUCUGACUGGGAAAACAAUUACACUGGAAGUGGAGAGUUCUGAUACAAUUGACAAUGUGAAGGCAAAAAUUCAGGACAAGGAAGGUAUUCCACCAGAUCAGCAAAGGCUCAUCUUUGCAGGGAAGCAGCUGGAGGAUGGACGCACCCUUGCGGACUACAACAUCCAGAAAGAAUCUACCCUUCAUCUUGUCCUCCGCCUCCGUGGGGGUGAUUUCUAAGAAAGUUGCAUCCUUGCUGCUUAAAUCUGGUUGUCUCUCUUCUUUUUCAAAAUCAUGAACUAAGUGCUUUUAAUUUUAACAUCUUUUGUUAUUGGGUCUAUUUUUUUUUUUUUAUGGAAAUAUCUAUGUACCAAAACGAUCAUUUAAAUAAAAGUUCUUCUCUUUGAAAGAAAGUGUGAUUGCUGAUUGCUUUCCAUAUCAUGAUUUCUGAUUACAGCAGGGAACUCAACUCUGCAUCCUUUUUAGUUUUUGUUACAAGAGAGUGGCUUAUUCCUGUUGUACGAUGAACAGGAUGAGCUACUGCAUUGUAAACUUUCUUAGCUAGACUACUACUUGUGUGUAAUUCUUCUCUCAUAUGUGGCUGAUACUGCACAUAAUGCCUCUUCUACACUGCUUGUGGUGAUAUAUUUCUGGUCAUGCUCAGAAUCCUGGGUUUAACAAUUAACAGCCUAACACAUUCAAUUUGCUAAUGAUUUUGCCAUGAGGAGAUUAGAGGUCCAAACUAGAUGCAGAGAUUUUUCCAUCCUGGUACUGCUCCUGUUUUUGUACGGUUGUCUGUUCCUGGAUAUAUUCUAUGCUACAAACGACUGAUUGAUAUAUACAUAAACUGCCCCAAUGAUU